AUGGGUUGCUUCUGUUCUAGAACCACCCACCAUCCCUCCCCUGACGACCUCUCUAAGCUUCACUCAGAUAACCGGGACGAGGGUGGUCAAGUCCAGGAAGUGCCAGCAUUCAAAGAAUACAGUCUGAGCGAGCUGAGAAAGGCCACAAAUGGGUUUUGUACAGAUUUUAUCGUCUCUGAAAGUGGUGAGAAAGCACCUAAUGUUGUUUAUAGAGGAAUACUUGACAACAAUCGUUUGGUGGCUGUUAAAAGGUUCUCUAAACUCGCAUGGCCUGAUGCUCAACAGUUUAUGGUGGAGGCGGCAGGAGUGGGGAAGUUGAGGCACAGGAGAUUGGUAAAUCUGAUUGGUUGCUGUACUGAAGGUGAUGAAAGAUUGUUGGUAGCCGAGUACAUGCCCAAUGGUACCCUGUCCAAGCAUCUCUUCCACUGUACUAUUCAAUGCCCUCCUCAAGUUCUUUCUAAGAAAGUGAUAGCCUCAGUUGAUAAUGUUCACGGGGAUAAGCAGCCACUAGCAUGGGAUAUGCGCAUUAGAGUUGUCCAUUUCAUUGCACAAGCACUUAAUUAUUGUAAUACAGAGAACCAGAAGAUAUUCCAUGAUUUGAAUGCAUACAGAAUACUUUUUGAUGAGGAUGGUGACCCUUGUUUGUCAAGUUUUGGCCUUAUGAAAAAUAGCCGAGAUGGGAAAAGCUACAGUACAAAUUUGGCUUACACUCCACCUGAGUUCUUGCGGACAGGCAGAGUCAUUCCAGAGAGUGUGAUCUACAGUUAUGGAACUGUUCUAUUGGACCUUUUGAGUGGAAAGCAUAUUCCUCCUAGUCGUGCCCUGGACAUAAUAAGGGGAAAAAAUGUCCUGAUUUUGAUGGAUUCAUGUUUGGAGGGGCAGUAUGCCAGCGAUGAUGCUACUAAUUUGGUUGAACUUGCUUCAAAAUGUCUUCAAUCUGAGGCUAGGGAUCGGCCUGAUCCCAAGUUUCUCCUUGCAGCAGUUGCACCACUUGAAAAACAGAAAGAGGUGAAAAUUCUCAAUCUGUUUUUCCUGUCUACAUUUUCUGACUGUUUCAUGCAUUGUUUAGGUGGCAUCUUAUACUCUCAUGGGCUUGUCAAAAAAUACAGUUAUUCGGCCAACCAUUCUUUCCCCCUUGGGAAAGCUUGUGCUAGGAUGGAUGUCACGGCUGUACAUGAUAUUUUGCUUAAAACUGGUUAUAAAGACGAAGAGGGUGCAGAAAAUGAGCUUUCAUUUCAAGAGUGGACACAGCAAGUGCAAGAUAUAUUGACCACCAAGAAAUUCGGGGAUAUUGCAUUUAGAGACAGCGAUUUCAAGAGGGCAAUUGAGUAUUAUUCAAAGUUGGUAAAUCUAAUGUCAGUUCCUUCGGCAACUAUCUUUGCAAGGAGGGCCUUCUCCUACUUGAUGAAUGGCCAAGCAGAACUAUCACUGAGGGAUGCCAUGCAGGCUCAAGUGUGCAUACCAGAGUGGCCAACUGCAUUCUACUUGCAGGCUCUUGCACUCUCAAAGCUUGGAAUGGAAACUGAUGCUAAAGACAUGCUUAAUGAUGGGGCAGUCCAGGAAAUGAAGUGGCAAAGAACAUAUAAAUAUUAG